GCGAAAAAGAGAGUGAAAGGUUCCACACGGCAGAAUAUAAAUCUGUAUGUUAACAGGACUAAAGCUGGAGGUCUCGAAGCGGCAUUAGUGGUCAUACUGGUGGGGGGUGGACAUAAAGCAUCAAGAGGUGGUCUUCCCUAUGAACUGAGGAUCUGUGCAAAUAAGGAACUAAAACCCGUGGGAGCCGUGAACGCUGGUUGUCAAGCACAGUGGUGGGCUGGUCGGAAGUCUGUGACCCCCUCAUUUUUAUUUCUGGAAGACAGAAGGAGAUCAAAAAAGGCACGAGCGAAAGAGGAAGGUGGCUUCGAGGGACCCGUGAGCCAUUUCUCUCUUUGAUUACUUCCAUUCACAAAACCAUUGCAUCCCAUUAUCACAGCGAUGUAGAGGUAUUCUCUUCGGUUAGAGGAGGAAGGGUCCCAUUGACUGCUGAGGCUUAGCACCUCUCUCCAAGCGCUAGCCCUUUUCAUUGCGGUCCCCCCCUCAUCUCUCGCCUCUAUCCUUUACGUCUGCUGUUUCUUUUCUUGUCCCUUGUAUUCUUGUCCUUUUUCACAGCACUCAGGAAUCAGGAGGCAUUGCGUUUUGGUAGAAGUGGGUGUUUCUGGAGCUGUCAUUGUGUUGGGUGCCGCUACAAAGGACAGCUGAGCAGGGAGUGAGAGAGACAGCUUUGGUGAUAAUAAAAUAGCAGCUUGAAAGAACGGGGGGGACCUGGGACAACAGGAAGAGCUGACAACCAAUGGAAGGUGAAUUGUGAUGAAAAAGAAAACUGUUACAGAGACUGCCAACCAUUUUAAGGUAGCUAUUUAUUGACACCAUCAACACUUCUGGAGGAAAUAAAGAAGCAGUGUGCCAAACCAACACUGCCGGCUGGAUUCUGCUAUUACUGUUGCUAAGCAAAGUCUUUAACCUGAAGUUCUUGGGCAGACAGUAUUGAGCACUCUACAGCCAUGAAAGAAAGCUCAGAGGAAAGCAUUGAAAGCACCAGGCCCUCCAACCUGCACGCUUUUGCCAACAUAUCCACCCUACAUGGCAUGAGUCACAUUUUCGCCUAUGGGCACAUGACAUUCCGUCGGUUUCUUUGGACUAUUUCCUUUCUUGGUUCACUAAGCUUACUGAUGCUGGUGUGCAUGGAUCGAGUGUCCUAUUACCUGGAGUAUCCUCACGUAACCAAACUAGACGAAGUGGCGGCGCCAAACCUCACCUUCCCAGCCGUUACCUUCUGUAACCUCAACGAGUUUCGCUUCUCCAAAAUCACAAGAAAUGAUCUGUAUCAUGUGGGAGAGCUCUUGGCCCUCCUGAAUAAUAACUACCAAAUAGCCAACACACACUUGGCUGAGCCCGAGGUCCUGGCUGCUCUAAAGGAUAAGGCGAACUUUCAGAACUUCAAGCCCAAACAGUUCAACAUGACUGACUUCUAUAAUCGUACGGGUCAUGACAUCGGGGAAAUGCUACUGCAGUGCACCUUUCGAGGAGAUAAUUGCUACCCGGCUAACUUCACUAUUAUAGGCUUAGACUGA